CACGCCGCGGUCGCAAGCUGCUGACGUGUGCCGGCCAGGAAGGGGGUCGGGGGUGUAGGUCGCUAUGGCGGUGGAUAUCACGCUGCUGUUCCGGGCCAGCGUCAAGACCGUGAAGACGCGCAACAAAGCGCUGGGAGUGGCAGUGGGUGGCGGGGUCGAUGGCAGCCGUGACGAGCUGUUCCGCCGGAGCCCCCGGCCCAAGGGCGACUUCUCCAGCCGGGCGCGGGAAGUGAUUUCACACAUUGGCAAACUGAGAGAUUUUCUUCUGGAACACAGGAAAGAUUAUAUUAAUGCUUAUAGCCACGUCAUGUCUGAAUACGGAAGGAUGACAGACACAGAACGAGACCAGAUAGACCAGGACGCUCAGACGUUCAUGAGGACCUGCUCCGAAGCAAUUCAGCAGCUGAGAACUCAAGCCCACAAGGAGAUACACUCCCAGCAAGUGAAGGAGCACAGGAGCGUGGUUCUGGAUUUCAUCGAAGAUUACUUAAAAAGAGUAUGUAAACUUUACUCAGAACAGAGAGCCAUCCGAGUUAAACGAGUGGUGGAUAAGAAAAGACUAUCUAAGCUGGAACCAGAGCCAAAUACAAAGACAAGAGAAUCCAUGUCUUCUGAGAAAGGUUCACGGCAUCCUUCACAAGAGUCUGAAGAAAAACCUGCUACUGAAGAAUACCCAGAAAAGGUUCCAGCCGAAUCACAACCUGAACUGGGCACCUGGGGAGAGGGCAAAGGUGACGAUGAAUUAUCCCCAGAAGAAAUACAAAUGUUUGAACAAGAAAACCAGCGCCUCAUUGGUGAAAUGAACAGCCUGUUCGAUGAAGUGAGGCAAAUCGAAGGGAGAGUGGUUGAAAUUUCCAGACUCCAGGAGAUAUUCACAGAGAAGGUUUUACAACAGGAAGCCGAGAUCGACAGCAUUCACCAGUUAGUUGUCGGAGCAACUGAGAAUAUCAAGGAGGGUAAUGAAGACAUCAGAGAGGCCAUUAAAAACAACGCUGGCUUCCGAGUGUGGGUCCUCUUCUUCCUGGUGAUGUGCUCCUUCUCCCUACUCUUCCUGGACUGGUAUGACAGCUAGCCUGUCCGGCUGCUCCUGGCGGAUGGUGCGUUGUCAAGGGUCACCGGGAUGGGAGCGGGACUGUGAGAUUUCAUCACCGCACCAUUCAGGGGGGAGGGGGCUGGGACAGAGGCACACUGUCACAGAAGGAACACCCAGACCUGUGGGUUUAAGCCCAUUUGGUAGCGGAAAGAGAAAAUAACACAAGUGGAAAGUGGCCUAUAUAGCAGCAAUCCUGACUUGAGGUGGGGUGGGGGGGCUCACCGGCUGCACCUACAGCUGCAGGCCCGGGGCUCAGGGAGGCUCUUGCCUUGCCCUUCCAGCGGCUUCGGGGAAAAGUGCCGGUUGGUAACUUCUCACAAUGAUCAUUUCUUUGUUUCCUGUGGCUUCUUCUCUGCCUGAGCCCUGUGAUAGCCUCACUAUAUUCUAGAAACAAACCUUUGUCCUGUUAAUGUAAUAAAUGCACCUAGAGCUACUUCGUGUCCUGUUAGUGGGUCACAGAAGUGCAGCUGACGCCUGCCUGCUGGGUGGGGAAGAAGGGUGGGGACAGACUCUGGACACUCAGGAGGGGCCCCCUGGAGCUUGUGUCCAGAGCCAGAACCUGGCCUACGGCUCCCCGACCUGUGUGCCUGACCCUUGAGGAAACAGGAGCACCAGUUUGCAGUGGGAAGUUCGAGACUUCUGGAGCCACUUUGGUGCAGAAGCUCGCUGGUGGUCCGUGGGGCCCCACGCCUGUGUGCGAUACUGACUGUCGCGCAGCUGCGGGCUCCUUGUGUUCCUUGUUUGCACAGAGCGAAAGUGUUGGAAGUUACCUGUGAGUGAGUUUACAGCCAAUAAAACAUCUAGAUGGUA